AUGAACAAUAAGAAAAAGAAUGGGUUAAGUGACAAAGAAAUUUUAUCAAGUUUAGAACUUCAUGAAGAUUAUGUAAAAUCAAUAUUAAAUGGUAAAUCAACAGCACCACCAAAUGAAUUAUCAAGGGAAACCUUAAUUGAAAAUAAUAGUAAUAGUAAUCCAAAUUCAUUAAAAAGAACAUCAACACCAAAUAUAUCAUACUUAAAUAAUAUAAUUAGACAAACAGUAUCUCAUAAUAAUUAUUUAUUAAAAGGGAAUGACAUUCACCAAAAACAUCAAGAUUUAAAUAAUAAGUCGUCUGAAAGAAAUAAUAAUAAUAAUGAAUUUAGGUUCAAUAAAAGCAAUAAUUAUAAUAGUAAUAAUAAUAAUAAUAAUAAUAAUAAUAAUAAUAAUAAUAAUAAUAAUAAUAAUAAUAAUAAUAAUAAACAAGAACAAAAUGAAAUAAAUAAACAAAUUGAAUUAGAAAGAAGACAAAAUCAAUUAGAAAGACAAUUAACUUAUAAUGAAAGAAUAUCAAAAUUGGAUUCAGAUGAUAAAAAAGAUAACGAUAAUGGCGUUGAUAACCAUUUAAAAAGAUUAAAUUCUAGAUAUUUUAAUGACAAUCAUGAUGAUGAUGAUAAUAAUAAUAGAGUUAUUAUUGAUAAGGAAUUUGAUGAUACAAUUCCAGAUAUAUUAAUUAAACAUAAAGUUAGAGGUAGAGGUAGAAUUGGAAGCCGUGUUCAUGAUGAAAAAAAAGAUGUGGAACUUUUAAAUAGAUUAAAAGAUAAUUUUGGUAUAGUUUUAGAUGUUUAUAAAUCAAAUGAUAUUGAUAAUUGUAAUAAUAAUAAUAAUAAUGAUAAUAAUAAUAAUAAUAAUAAUAAUAAUAAUAAUAAUAAUAAUAAUAAUAAUAAUAAUAAUAAUAAUAAUAAUAAUAAUAAUAAUAAUAAUAAUAAUAAUAAUAAUAAUAAUAAUAAUAAUAAUAAUAAUAAUAAUAAUAAUAAUAAUGGUAGUACAACCAAUACAGAUAAUAUGAUUGCUAAAAGUAAAAGUGAAUGCGGCAGUAAAAAAAGUAGAGGUAGAGGUAGGAGCAGGAGUAGAAGUAGGAGUAGGAGUAGAAGUGAUAGUAAUAAAAGAAAUAGACAUAAAAGAAGAAGAAGAGGAGGAAGAAGAAGAGGAAAAAGAAGUUUAUCAAGUUCUAUAGACUCUAGUUCAUCUUUAUCUUCCUCUAGAUCACAAUCCUCUUCAAGGAGAUCAAAGAAAUCAAAAAGUAAAAGAAAAAAAUAUAAAAAAACUCUAUCUAAAAAACACAGGAAUGCUUCAAGAUCAAGGUCAAGAUCAAGGUCACUUUCAUCUUCAUCAUCACCAUCAUCAUCAUCAUUAUCGUCGUCAUCGCCUGACAGAAACUAUAAGAAAAGAAAGAGUGAAAGAAAAAAAAGAAAAGAUGGAAAAAAAGAAAAAAGAAAUAAUUAUAAAAGUAAAUGUAAAAGUAAAAGUAGAAGCAGAAGUAGAUGA